UUGGGAAUUCCAAUUGCACAUUUUCUAUAAAAUGCAAACAUGCUAUUACCGACAAUUUUUAUUGUAGAUAAGCAAAAAUGUCACGAACUCGCUCUGACAGCUAGUUAACGAGCAACGUUAAUCAAAAGAGUGUGUGAGUCGGUUAAACCUAUUCGUAGUGAAAGACGAUCGGUUGAAUAUUUAUCACAAAGUAGUAUCAUUCUCAAAUACAAAAACGGGACAGACGGCUUUUGAAGAUAGACAUCAGGUACUAAUCUGACCUGAUGAGUGGUGAUAAACUUUAAGCAAAUUGUGCACUAAGAUACACAAUUUUGUCCCAAACACAAAAAAACUGCAGGGAGGACAGAACGGUGACCCCGGGACGGUGACCGAGUUGCUGAGGACUUCGCCAAGAACGGAAAGGAGUAAAUGAACACCAUACGCCAGGGAAAGGAAUUUGGAGCUCAUAAACAGCCUUGGGGAAGCCCGGUUGGAAGUAAUAUUGUUGAUGAAAAAUUAUUUUAUAUAAGACACAGAUCUGUCAUAAUGAAUACACUUUGGUAUCUCAAACAAUUUGUUUUGUUAAUGUCAGCGUUAUGGAUUCCGAGCAGUAUAUAUAUCAUUCGUGAUCAACACAAAGCCAUUGCAAACAUUAACCAAGUCCUUAAGAUUCCGAUAGCACAGAAAAAGACGAUCCAACGUUUAUGUAGAAACGUGAUAUCAAACUAUGACAUCGUGAAAAGAAAGACGGAGAGAAACAAAGAGGAAAAAAUAAGCAGUUUGACAGAUCAAAGGGAGGUGAUAACCAAUUUGCUGUGGCUCGCAGUAGGCAUUUGUGGUUUAUUCAUUAUUGUUUCUAUCAAAAUGUUCGCAACGAAGGCGAGGAUCAAAUCCGAAGACAAAGUUGCUAGUUCAUCCAAAUCGGGUGGACGGAAAAGAAAAAUUCGUGUUGAAACAGUGAACCAAGGAAUUGACUACGUUAUCUUUACCUUCACACGUAAUACUGAGCGGUUCCUAAAAACACCACGUUGUGCCAUGAUGACACAAUUGAAGCAACUGCCAUGUUUCGCUGAGAAACUUGUGCAAGAAAUCUACAUCCCUGACAAUCCAGAACUUGGACCCUUAGAGACCAGUCUUGGAAAUGUGAAAGGUUGUAUCUGUGUUUAUGAAUACAACGACAGAGAUAUCAUCCUUGAGUUGCCAACAGAUUUAGAAACUAAGAAAAGAGACAGUAUUGCACUGUUGAUAAAAGCAAGUAAUGCAUCUGGUUUGAGAUUAUUAGUGGUGUAUAUGUUUGACCCUAGAUCAUCAAAAUUAUGGGAUGGCGAGAUAUACAAUACGUUGAUUGGCCAAACAUAUGGAAAUGACAUUCUAAAAGGAGUUGCAAAUGCUGGACAGUUUAUAUCAAUCAACAAAGAAUUUAUAAAACUACAAUUAGACCAAAUCCAAACUAUUUUACAAUGAAAGCACUAAUCACCAAUACUUGCAAAUGAUCAGUUUGGUGCAGCACAUUUUGUAUAGUAAUAUGCGUAUGGUGUCAGAAUAGGCCGAACGGAUAAACCCUCAGAUACAGAAAUUAAAACAAAAAAAAAAUAAAAUAAAAUAUCAUAAAGCCAAUACGAUGAAUCAUGUAUCAUAUUGAAGAUAAUUUAAUUUACGAGAUGUUAUACUACUACUGUAGCUUCAUUAGAAUGACAAAUUCGUGAGGGAGGGUAAGAGUUUUCAAAUAUAGGUAAAACUAUUUGCAGACUAUCAUUCAAUUGAUGUAUGCAUGAUCUGUUGUUUAAAUGAUUUUUUCAUCGCAAAAAGUAAAUAAAAAA